GUGUUACGUUUGGAUUUACUUAUAUUUUUUUCCCUUCUGCACACUGCGCACUUUCCCCUCCUCGUGAUCACUUCACCGACGCGCACGAGGUUGUGGCUACUUAUCAUGAAUUGUGUGGCUGGUUAACAGCAGUCCACCCUCUCCACUGAUCCAAGUUUAACAGUUGUCCUAGUCUGUGCCUUGUCUCUCACCCAGGAUCCAUAAUGAUUGCCAUGUAAAAUAACCUACAUUUCCUCAAAACCUUCUCCAUGGGAACAUUUUCUUUCUGAUAUCUGCCCCUACACAAGUAUAGGCUUAGAAUAUUCCCUAAUAUUCAUAGACAAAUAACCUACCAAUAAUCUUCUUUGAAGACACCAUCCAUUUCCUGGCCUUGCCCCCCUACCAGCAGCAACCAUUCGGCCGUCUCUCGCCACAGCGGUCCUGCCAUCCAGGCCCCGCUCCCACCAGGCGCCCAGCAUGGCGCCUCAGGGGCGGGAGCACCUGGUGGCACGGGAGCAGCAACAGGGUGCACGAAGACGAAGCCCUCAUCUUCGCCACACGCUGAGCCCCGAAAACCUGAGGAGCCUAGCCGAGCGUGGCGGCACUGAAACGGCCACAGCUGGGACAGCGGGAAUCACUAGAGCUAACAGUGACACAGACCUGGUCAGUUCACAGGGUCGCUCUUCCCUCACAGCCUCUACGCUGGAGUUUACUCUCGGGCGUGGACAGAACCUAGUCAUCUCCUGGGACAUCAAGGAGGAGGUUGAUGCUACUGACUGGAUCGGCCUAUAUCACAUAGACGAGACCUGUCCAUCAAACGUGUGGGACUGCAAGAAUCGUGGUGUGAACGGCACACAGUGUGGUCAGAUUGUCUGGAGGCUGGAGGCUGGCCCAUACUUCCUGGAUGCUGAGACCAGAAUCUGCUUCAAAUACUAUCAUGGUUUGACUGGAGCCUUGAGAGCCACCACGCCGUGCAUCACUGUCAAGAAUCCUCGAUGUUUGGCUGACGGCCAAGGCGAAGGACAGCUGACUUCAGACACCAGUCGAAAACUGCUCAGCUUCACCCUGUCAGAUAUCCGAGCCAUGGGACUGAAGAAAGGGAUGUUUUUUAAUCCCGACCCCUAUCUAAAGAUGAGCAUUCACCCAGGCAAAAGGAACGGGUUCCCCACCUUCUCCCACCAUGGCCAAGAGAGACGAUCUGGCAUUACAACCAAUACUACAAACCCUGUGUGGCAUGGAGAGAGACACACAUUUGUGGCCCUGAUAACUGAUGUCCUAGUUAUCGAGGUUAAGGACAAGUUUGCUAAAAGUCGGCCGAUCAUUAAACGCUUCUUGGGUCAGCUAAACAUUCCUGUUCAGAGGCUGCUGGAAAGACAUGCAUCAGGGAACCAAUCCCUGAGCUUCUCUCUCUGCCGCCGCUUGCCUACUGAUAAUGUAAGUGGUCAGCUGCAGUUUAAAGUGGAUAUCACCUCAACUAACCAGGACGAUGUCACACCUGAGUCAAUCCUUGGGGCAACAGCCCUUAAUGGGCCCCCUGGUACCCCUUCAGAUGAUGAAGAUUUGCCCCAUCCUCUUCCUCCCCCUUCUGGCAUUCUGUACCCCACCCGCUCCCAAAGUUUUCGUCGAAAUGGUGAAGGAGGUGGUGCUCUAUCACCUGAUACCGAGAUUUGUUCUGGUGCUUUGGAUGAAGAAGCUCUACCUUCGCUCAGCAUACUUCAGAGAACCUUUAGUGAGCAGCUUGAUGCCAUCGAGGCUCCCAAAGGACCAGGUGAGCGUCCAAUGGGCGCAGCAUCUCCAAAACUGAGCUCCAGCUUCCCUACUCACACCCGCCUCAGUGAUAUGCUCCACAUCGACUCUGACGAAGAUGAGGAGAGGUCUGCUGGUAUUGAUCCCAUACCGCCUGCUCUGAACGGUCUCACCAGAUGUCCAGUAAUGCUCCACAAACCUCCUGAAGAACCUCAGGAACUGGGGGAGCCACCAGAAGAAGUUGGGUUAGAGUCAGAGGUGGAGACUCUGAGUUUAGGGACUGAGAUGGUUCUGGAGCCGGAGGUUCUGCCCAGUUCUGUGGCUCCACAAGUAGAGACCACAAGUCUGAUGGAGAGACAGGAUGAAGGAGAGGAAGAAGAAGAAGGACUGGGGCCCAGUGAGGAGUUGGCCACAGAGGUGGAUAUCUCCUCCAUGGCAUCUGACUGUGGCCCCAUGCCUAUGUCUGCUGCUCAGGAAGCAGAACAAGGGGCAGAGAUGGCUAUAGAUCCAGGGGGAGGGGAUCUCUCAGAUGACCCACCCACAACCUAUGAAGUCAUUGAUGCUGGAGGUGAACCUCCUCUGACCGAUGAGUUUGAAUUGCACACACCGCCGCCAGAGUUAUUGGUCCAUGAGGAUGAAGAUGAGGUGGAGGAGGACACAAUGUCCCGGAGGUGGAGUCUGGAGGCAACAGCAGGUGUGUCACAGGAGGAGGAUGAGGAGGAGGAGCUAAUGCAUUCAGGGGAUGCCGGAUCUGUGGACUCUGAGACUUUUGCUACAGACACAAACAUAGAUCCAGGUCCCACUCAGCUAAACGGGCACCAGCAGGUUCAUUCACUUCCCUCUGUAAGACAAGACAUCCAUCGGUAUCAGCGUGUGGACGAGCCCCUUCCACCCAACUGGGAGGCUCGGAUCGACAGUCACGGCCGCAUCUUCUUUGUGGAUCAUGUGAACCGGACCACCACGUGGCAGAGACCCACAGGCCCUCCUGCUCCUCAGGGCUUAACCCGCUCCAGCUCCAUCCAGCAGAUGGAGCAGCUCAAUCGCAGGUACCAGAGCAUCCGUAGAACAAUGACCAGCGAGAGGAGCUCAGAGGAACAAAGUGUAGACUUUCCUCCUGUUGAUGAUAUGGAAAUGCUGUCCCACUCCGUCUCCGACUACCGUAGAGACGGCUCUUUGGCUCAGACCAGCUCUCACUCCCGUCUCUCCCUGCUGCUUCAAUCUCCUGGAGCCAAGUUUCUCUCCAGUCCUGACUUCUUCACUGUGCUGCAUUCCAACCCUAGUGCCUAUCGCAUGUUUACAAGCAACACGUGUCUGAAGCACAUGAUCAGUAGAAUACGGAGAGAUGUGCAGCACUUUGAACGCUACCAGCACAACCGAGACCUGGUCACCUUCCUGAACUUGUUUACCAACAAGCAGCUUGAGCUGCCACGCGGCUGGGAGAUGAAACACGACCACACUGGCAAGCUCUUCUUUGUGGAUCACAACUGCCGUGCCACAACGUUCAUCGACCCGCGGCUGCCCCUGCAGAGCUCACGCUCCAGCGGCCUCCUGGCCCAUCGACAGCAUCUGAGCCGACAGAGGAGUCACAGUGCUGGAGAGGUACAGGUGGCAGAUGACUCUCGCUCCCCAAGCCCACCCAUGCAACCUCGACCCUCAAGCACUUUCGCUGGCUCCAGUCGCAACCAGUACCAAGACCUGGUACCUAUGGCUUACAAUGAGAAAAUUGUGGCGUUCCUUCGACAACCAAAUAUCUUAGAGAUCCUACAAGAGAGGCAACCGGAGCUUGUGAGAAACCAUAACCUCAAAGAGAAAGUCCAGUUUAUUCGUAAUGAAGGUGCGUCUGGAUUGGCUCGGCUCUCUGGUGACGCAGAUCUGGUGAUGCUGCUCAGUCUGUUUGAAGAAGAAGUGAUGUCGUACGUGCCGGCCCAUGCCUUACUGCACCCCAGUUACUCUCAUGCCUCCCCACAAAGCUCCCCUGGAACUCCGCGUGCAAAUGCUCGCGCCCCUGCGCCUUACAAACGUGACUUUGAGGCUAAACUAAGAAACUUCUACCGCAAACUGGAAACAAAGGGUUAUGGGCAGGGCCCAGGAAAAGUGAAACUGAUCGUCCGCAGAGAUCAUCUACUCGAAGAUGCCUUUAACCAGAUCAUGUGCUACUCGUGUAAGGACCUGCAGAGAAGCAAACUGUACGUCAGCUUCGUAGGGGAGGAGGGGUUGGACUACAGUGGCCCAUCGAGGGAGUUCUUCUUCUUGGUGUCCCGUGAGCUCUUUAACCCAUAUUACGGACUCUUCGAAUACUCGGCCAAUGACACCUACACUGUGCAGAUCAGCCCAAUGUCAGCCUUCGUGGACAACCACCAUGAAUGGUUCCGGUACAGUGGGCGAAUUUUGGGCCUCGCUCUGAUUCACCAGUACCUCCUGGAUGCCUUCUUCACUCGUCCAUUCUAUAAAGGACUGCUGCGCAUUCCAUGUGAUUUGAGUGACUUGGAGUUUCUGGAUGAGGAGUUUCAUCAGAGCCUGCAGUGGAUGAAAGACAACGACAUUGAGAACAUGCUGGAUCUCACCUUCACCGUCAAUGAGGAGGUGUUUGGUCAGAUUACAGAGCGGGAGCUGAAGCCUGGAGGAGCUGGUGUCCCAGUGUGUGAGAAAAAUAAGAAGGAGUACAUUGAGCGCAUGGUGAAGUGGCGCAUUGAGAGAGGUGUGGCUCAGCAGACGGAGAGCCUGGUGCGGGGCUUCUAUGAGGUUGUGGACGUGCGUCUGGUCUCGGUGUUUGAUGCCCGCGAGCUGGAGCUUGUCAUUGCUGGAACUGCAGAAAUUGACCUGGCUGACUGGAGAAACAACACAGAAUAUCGAGGAGGUUAUCACGAUGGUCACAUUGUUAUCCGAUGGUUCUGGGCGGCGGUGGAGCGUUUCAACAACGAGCAGAGACUGAGACUUCUUCAGUUUGUCACAGGUACUUCAAGUGUUCCCUAUGAAGGGUUCGCCUCUCUCCGGGGGAGCAACGGGCCACGUCGCUUCUGCGUUGAGAAAUGGGGCAAAAUUACUUCCCUUCCAAGGGCUCACACCUGCUUUAACCGUUUGGAUCUUCCCCCAUACCACUCCUUCUCCAUGCUUUACGAGAAGGUGCUCACUGCUGUGGAGGAAACGAGCACGUUUGGUCUAGAGUGAGGCUUCUGCACAGUCUCUUUUAUCGUGUUCUUCAAAAUCUGAAACCUUUUUUGCCUUUUAUUCUGUACCCAAAUCCUCACUUCAGUCUUAAUAAUGGCCUUGUUUCCUGGACCCCUUUCUUCCUCUGUUAUAAAACCAGGAUUAUGUGACUAAAGCAUGACAGCUAUUUCUGGGACCUAUUCCUUCUGGGUCCUCAAACACACACAAACAUAUGGUGAAUGCAUUAGAUACUGAGCAUUAACAUAAAACACUUCACUAGUCUUUAAUACAGAAAUUCCUUCUUACACGCAAACAAAGCCUACUAACAUGGUAAAUAACGGUUCCACUAAAAUCCUCUGUAAGCAUACACAAUAUUUUCACCCACUUCACCAGAGAGAUGAUGAACCCACAUGUACAAAAUAAACUGGUGGAUAUACUGUAUGUACAUUUCUCACGUUACCCUGAUCGGGUGAAUGAUUUGUGUUACAGCACUGUUGUCGUUCAGCACUGUUGUAACUGUAGAGCUUGUUCCUCAUCUAAACGAAGAGAAACCUUCAUUUAAAGAUGAGUGUGUGAGAGAUGAGGAAUUUAACACACUUUUGUGGAUAUUGUGUGUUCUCAUAUUUAUUUUACUGGCGUGGCUUAGUGGUGAGGAAUCUGUGCAAUAUUUAAUUACAAUUAUGCUAGACACAUUUUGAACUGCUUCUAAUGUAGAACAUGAUAAAACGGCGAGAGAAUCUAUAAUUGCCGCUGCUUUCACAUAGCUUAAUCUGUGUAAUGAAAAAGAAUCAGUGAAGAUUUUCUUCCACAGAGCGAAUCUAGUGAAUUCGUGUAGCAAUGGAAUGCCACCCACCUUGAAACAUAAUCCCUUCAGCUUUAUUGUAUUUGACUGUGCUGCCUCAAAUGAGCCAAAACCAAAUGUCAAGUACUUCAUUGCAUGUUAGUACAGAAUUAUUUUGAUCACACUGCAAUCCAGCGUUCCUACAUUACAACAUAAUGAAGCAGCAUGCCAUAAUUAAAUAUAAUUAUGGUACAAUCAGUCCUCUCAUGGUUUUGGGGUGUGGCUAAAGUUACAUAGUUUCACAUAAGGAUGUCUCAGACAGCUGCAUAGAACUUAGACACAUUUUGCAGGUGACCGUGAGCUGCGUUAUUUUCAGUCUUGCAUUGUUAAAUUCGUCUCUAACGUCUUCACAGACAUUUGAGGUUUGCUUGACAAGCACUGAUUGGGCAGUGGUUCUGUUAUGCUUUGGCAUGACUCCUCCACUGCUAAUUGAAAAGCAGAAGACUUUAACAAGCUAUAAUAUAUGGCCAAAGGUUUGUGGGCACCUGACCAUCAGACCCAUAUGUGCGUGUUGAACAUCUUAUUCCAGAUGUGGUGUUAUAAUAAUGUCCACUCUUGGCUCUGUGCAGGACACUCAAGUUCUUCCACUCCAAUUUUCUCAAACCAUGUCUUCAUGGAGCUCGCUUUGUGCACAGGGGCACUGUCAUGCUGGAACAGGUUUGGACCUCUUAGUUCCAGUGAAGGGAAAUUAUAAUGCUACAGCAUACAGAGACAUUCUAUACACAACAGUUCGAUGAAGAACCACAUAGUGUGAAGGUCAGGUGUCCACAAAUUUUUGGCCAUAUAGUGUACUUCACCCUGAAACACAUUAAUAUGCUUAUAUUGAAAUAUUUAUGGCAUGCUUAGCAGUUCUGGUGCUAAUUUGUUGGUUGGUGCGUUUACAUUUACACUAUUAAUGUGAGAAUUUAGGGGUCGUUUUAUACGCCGAUGUCACACACUGACUUACUAAGGUCAUUCCAGUGAUUUUUAAUAAACGAUCUUAAAAAUAAGGAACAACUUUAUAAAUCAAGUUUUGCUUUUAGCUGCUAAGAACAAAAGAGCACGAGCUUCUUAUUUUAUUCACCAUUUUCCAGCAACCUUCAACAUCAUAUAAAUGACUCAUUACGACUCCAACGUAGAAGUAGUGGAGAUGCUGGUGCAAACACUGGACACAGUUAGGCUGAGUUACAGCAGAGACUCCACUCAGCUAGUUUGCGAACUACGAGAUGACGAAUGUUGAUGAUGUUGAUGGUGGUAUUAGCAUGAAAGUUUGGAAGAUGAUCUGUUUGAGCAGAAUGUUCAGAUGAGGAGAUGAGAGUGCUGGACAGGCUAAAGGACUAAAGCACCACUGCAUCGCUCUCUUUAGAUAGACAUGAAGUGAGGGCAACACUAUCAAUAAGUAAUUGAACAGCAUUGUGGGUAAUGUAGAAAACCAAAGUGAAAAAGUAGUCCAAAUAAAUCAACUCCAUUGACUAAAAUAUUUAUAUACAAGCUAUUCAGGGUGGAUUUUUCCUUUAACAAUUUAGUCACCUUUUAUCUUCUGCACAGUGAAAUUUAAUACACCUUUUUUUUUUUUUUUUUAGUUCAGGUUUUAUUGUUAAAUAGUAAAUCCCUGCUCAUUCUUUCUCAGUAAAGAUAUUUAAGUAUUGAGAAAAUAUUAUAACGUUUUACUUUUCAUUUUGCAUUUGAUAUUUUCACACUGUAUUGAUUGUAUUUAAAUGUGGCACAGAUCCCAUGCUGUAUUUAAAACACACUCACACAGGCUAAUAUUGUCCAGUAUUUUUCAUAUCCUAAUGCUGAAGCUGCAUGUCACUAUGUCUCCUGAGCCACUUUUAACAUCACAUUUAUUACAUCCACCAUGCAACAUUAAAGUUGUACAUUGUUAAUCUGUGGUUUGUGGUUCAGAGAGGAAAGCAGCAUUGCUGAAGGGACCUUUGGAUGAUGUCUGAGGGAGAAGUUUUUCCCAUCACAGCCUCUCAGCGUUGGAAAUAACGUAGGCCACUUUUCCACAUCCUGCUCCAAGAUGUAAGGGAGGAAUAUGAUUCUGAAAGGCAUCUAUUAGAGUACAUUAAAUGAAAAUCUAAAUUGAAUUAACUGAGAACAGAGAAAGUUGACUAGACAUGAUAUUGCGGAAUAAGUGUUACAAAUAUCGAGCUGAAGAUAAUGAUAGAGGUUCAGUGAUAAUCAGGAAAUAACUAGGAGCUCCAGGUUAACUGGAUUCAAAACGGCCAGGGAUAAUAUUACCAUAGUUUGAUUUCCUGUUGUCCAAAGAUUCAUAAUUCAUCGCUACUUGUAGAGCUUGCAUUUGUCAGGACAAAUCCAUCCAUCCCCUUAUCCGCUUAGGGUCACGUGGAGCCUUGGGGCAUCAGGCGGGCGACACCCUGGACGGGGUGCCAACCCAUCGCAGGGCACAAUCAUGCACCCAUUCACACACUACAGACAAUUUAGAGAUGCCCCCCCCCCCCACACACACACACAACCCCAAUCCACACAUCUGCAUCUCAACACAAACAUUUAUGACAUAAACACAAAUCAGCAGUGCUCUUUUUCUCUGUAUAAACUGAUCUUAUGGUUAAACUAAUGCAUGCAGGGUCUUAAAAUGCAGUACCUGAGUUUGACCCUUAGGUGUCAUAGCUUGAUAUUGCAUGCUGGAAGUAGUGACCCAAUGCCGGUCAUGAUUAGUUUUAUUUGCAUGAGGAGUUGCUGUUAACAACAGAUGAGGUUAAAGAAGAAGAAGAAGAAGAAGAAGAAGAAGACGAAAUCACCUAUCUCAUGUUCACCUGUUUUGAUUUUGAGUUACCGAAGUUAAAGACUGUAUGUGAAAGUCUGUUGCACCUGCUAACAAUUUGGUGAAACAAUUGGAGCUCAUGCAUGUUGUUCACAAUCAUGUCCAUGUUUGUAUAUAGUUGUAUUAUAUGGAUGCCUGUCUUGUUUCAAAAUAUAUUUUGCACUGAAUGUACCAAA